UCAGCUCUGCUCUUUUUGUCGUCACCGCUGUACCAGCGGGCAAGGAUUGCGAUUGAUUUCGCGAUUGAUUCCCCGCGUCGGCCAAGUGUUGUUGCGGUUCGUUCACCAUCGAUUCCCGCGACGCCAAGCAAAGCGCUUGAAGUGUUUUAUCUUCUCCGAAGCCGAUGAUCUCGUUCGACACCGAAAUAAUAAGUAUUGUUUGUGUAUUUUGUGUGUGUGCGUGAAAAAAAACGCGCACCCGCGCGUGUGGGGUUGACCCUCCCAUCGUUUAGCUUCGUUUUCUGAGUUCGCGCCUCCGGUGGUUUGGUGCUGUUAUCUUUUUUCGUGUGCCGUGUGACUGUCUGUCGUCGUGUGUGUGUUGAUUUGUUAUUUUGAUUCGUAUUGUGUUUUGCUUUUUUUAGCCAGGUCCGGAUUGGUAAGACAUAUGGGCAGAGCCGUGCUAGCUUGGAAUGAAUACUGCUGGUGGGUGCGUUUUUUCUCUCUUCAUGUUUUGUUUUCGAAAAAAAAAUAAUGAUCGCCGAGCGAGGUCGAUGUCAAAACUAGCCGACGAGAAUGGGGGGUGGGGGGUCGUAGAAAAAUAUAUAUCCCAAGUCUGCAACAACAAAAAGAAAACGGGGAAUACUAGCAUACGAAACCAAAUUGUUCUGCGGAAGAAAUGUAACACGCGACAAUAUGGUCUGUGCCUUGAAAACAAGCUCUCGAGAGAAGUAUUUAUUAGCUUAACCGAGUUUUUUUUUGUUGCUGUUGUUUUGUCGCGAAGAAUAACGGAGAAGAACACGCCAGGGCUCUGCUGCUGUGUUUGUGGUGUGAAUUGAACUCUGGGGAAAAUGUGUGGUGUGUGUCGCUUGAAAGUUAUCUCCCGGUUUUUUCACUUCAUUGCUAGACGUCCACAGCAGGAACCUACGUAGUUGACAGGCAGGCAGGCAGGUACGUACGCCUGCUCCCCCCCCAAAAAAAAGCGUCAACCAAAAGUCGUAUACGUGUGAAGUGGGGCGGCAUCAUAUUGACAACCCAUUAAUUUUCGCUUGUUUUGCCCUUUUGAGGGUUGGUGAAGGCGUGCUCUUUGGCCGCUACUACUCUAAAUAUGUCGCUAGCUAGCGUCCACUGCUCGUUGCAUUUUUGGGUGUUACUUGUUGGCCGUAUGGAGCCUGGUUUCGGCAGGGGCCCCGCAGACAGACUGCCUGCCGCCGAAGUUCAUCAGGCGGUGGAGGACAGAGAGAGAUGGGUGCAAUAAGCACUGACUGGCUGCUGUCGCUGCGCCCGCCCCUGCGGCCACCUGUUGUUUUUCUAGUUUCGGGACGUGUUCUAGUAUUAUACCGUUUUUUAUGGUAGUAGACAGGCAGCUCAGGAGGUGGUGGGCGAAAGAGAGAGGAUAGAACAGUUGCCCUUCUUUUGUUUGAAUGAAAAGUUUUCUCUGAAAGAGAUCGGGGUAGUAGGUAGUGUACCCAACGAGGGAGGACAACCAUGAUGUACCAUGUUCGGAGCGCCAAACUCCAGGUUUUGUGUUGGAUGACCCUCCCGGCUCCACCCUCCCGCCGCAGCGAUUCAUUCAUCCGGUCGUUUUCGUUCCGAUUCUUCUUGUGGGGAUGGAUGAUCCAGGUUGGCCUGACUUUUGCAGUACUACCGCUGCUGCUCUCGAUUAUAAUCAAGAUAAUUCAUCCGC